AUGUCGAGUUCAAAGGGCCUCGCCCAGGGCAAUGACGUUACUACUCGCGAUACAGCCCCACCAUCACAGCAAUCAUACGAGCAUUCGAGCUCACGGCCAAAUGCCGAUAAUGCACACCUCAGCAACAUAACGUCACCAACCGUUGAAGAGGCUCCCCCUGCAUACAGCGAACUUCCAGGCCAGGUCGAAAACGAAGAGCUAGGGACAAACGCCGUUGUAGCGGAGGAUGGACGUGUGAAUAUCCGAAUAGACCAAAAGAGCCAUACCCUUUCACAGCUCAUUCUUCCGCAAAUCCAACGUCAGCUUACGCAUGCGCAAGAAGACCCUGAGCCUCCUCCGCCUUACAUUCCAGAGUUUCUUGGCGGAGCGCCAGGCCAACAGCCACCACCUCCACUCAACCUCGUCAUACAGGUCGUGGGGUCGCGAGGCGAUGUUCAGCCCUUUGUUGCCCUUGGCAAGGUACUCAAGGAGACGUAUGGUCACCGAGUACGACUAGCGACACAUCCAACGUUUAAGGACUUUGUGACCGAAAAUGGACUCGAGUUUUUCAGUAUCGGCGGUGACCCGGCUGAGCUCAUGGCCUUCAUGGUGAAGAAUCCGGGUUUGAUGCCAGGCUUUGAUACGUUGCGCAGUGGUGACAUUGGCAAGAGAAGGAGAGGCAUCGCAGAGAUUCUGAGUGGAACAUGGAGAUCCUGCAUAGAGACCGGCAAUGGUCUUGGUGUGGACCCUCUCCAGCAAACAGUGGAAGAGUGGAUGGGCAUAGAAGAACAGCUACCAGAGCAGCUUCGAAAACCGUUUGUUGCUGAUGCCAUCAUUGCAAACCCCCCAAGUUUCGGGCACAUACAUUGUGCUGAAAAGCUAGGGAUUCCACUCCAUAUGAUGUUCACCAUGCCCUGGUCACCUACACAACAGUUCCCACAUCCACUCGCAAACAUCCAGUCUACGAAUGCGGACGCUACCAUCACGAAUUACAUGUCAUACAUCAUGGUUGAUGUAUUGACCUGGCAAGGUCUUGGAGAUGUCAUCAACAGAUUUCGCAAAGAUAGUCUUCGCUUGGACCCAAUCAGCGCUGUCUGGGCGCCAGCUAUGCUCGCAAGACUCAGAAUUCCCUUUACGUACUGCUGGUCACCAGCACUGAUUCCGAAACCAAGAGACUGGAAUCACCACAUCUCCAUUGCAGGCUUCUACUUCCUCAACCUUGCUUCCAACUACACGCCAGACCCGGAUCUUGCAUCGUUCCUGGACGCAGGAGAGCCCCCUGUCUAUAUCGGAUUUGGCUCAAUCGUUGUUGAUGACCCAAAUGCCAUGACCAAGAUGAUUUUCGACGCAGUCAAGAUUACUGGGAAACGAGCAUUAGUGUCUAAGGGUUGGGGUGGACUUGGAGCCGAUGAUAUUGGAAAACCUGAUGGUGUGUUCAUGCUUGGAAACUGCCCCCAUGACUGGCUGUUCAAACGCGUCUCGGCUGUUGUACACCAUGGUGGUGCUGGUACCACAGCAGCUGGCAUUGCUACUGGAAAACCUACAGUUGUUGUACCCUUUUUCGGAGACCAGCCUUUCUGGGGAGCCAUGGUAGCACGUGCCGGUGCUGGGCCUGACCCCAUUCCCUACAAGGACCUCACUGCGGAGAAACUCGCAGCAGCUAUUCUGGAGGCGCUGAAGCCUGAAACACUCGACCGGGCCCAGGAACUUUGCGACAAGAUCAAACAAGAAAAUGGAACCCAGAAUGGCGCCCAGUCCUUCCACCAGAUGCUUAAUUAUGAUGAAUUGCGAUGCGCAGUCAAGCCAGGCCAACCCGCUGUAUGGAGAGUCAAGCGCACAGAAGUCAAGUUGAGCGCCGUAGCAGCUACGGUACUGGCUCAAGAAGGUGAAAUUAAUUUCUCUGAGAUGAAGCUCUUCCGUCCUCGUGAAUACGUUCCGGAUGAAGGCCCUUGGGACCCAAUUACAGGUGCCGCGGGAGCUUUGAUGGGAACGGCAACUUCAAUGAUGAUGGGCGUUGCCGACAUGCCUAUUCAGACCCUUAAACUUCUGCAUAUACACCCCGACGGUAGGUCUAAGAAGGGUAAACAAAAAGCAGCAGGAGGUGAAUCCACUUCUCAAAGCAAUGGGAGUGGCAGUGGAAGCGUAGCAAGAAGUGUGGCAGCUGAGAAUGAACGUCCAAGUCGAAGCGAAAACACUACGCCUACGGCAGCUGAUGCCGCUGCCGACCUGGCAAGGAUUCAAGCCGGCAACCCGGCAGUCAAAAGCCCAGGCUCACCCGGUACGCCUUCACAUAGAUCUGAAUUUAUGUCUCAAGCGUUUUCUGAAUCUGCUCAAGGUUCGCGUUCGCGCUCUAGAGAGCGUGUCGGCUCCAACUCGGGAUCUCGCUCGAUCACCGCUUGUAGUAGCGGACAACGACAUGGAUUAACGGAGAAUAUCGAGUCUACUGUAGACACCGGGAAGGGUUUGGCACGCAUCAUCAGUGCUGGUGUCCAGUCACCUAUGGACUUUUCAUUGAAUGUUGCUAAGGGGCUCCAUAACGUACCAAAACUCUAUGGGGCAGAUGUUCGCCAGGUUGACAAAGUCACUGACUUUCAAAGCGGCAUGCGCACAGCUGCUAAGGAAUUCGGGUAUGGGUUGUACGACGGCAUCACAGGUCUUGUAACCGAUCCAUACAAAGGUGCCAAGAAAGAAGGCGGUAUCGGCUUCGUCAAAGGUGUUGGUCAGGGUAUCAUGAGCCUGCCAUUCCGUGUUAUGGGCGGUGCAUGGGCAGUACCUGGUUACGCAAUGAAGGGCCUUUAUCAGGAAGCCGUCAAGAACAAGGGGCAAAAUGUGCAGAACUACAUCAUCGCUGCACGAAUUGCACAGGGCUACGAGGAAGCCUCAACAAUCUCUCAGAAGGAGCGAGAUGAAAUCGUCACGAGAUGGAAGGGUAUGAAGGGCAGCAUCAAGAAGAAGAGGAACGUUGGUGCUGAGCAAAUGGACUCGCUACAUUCGCUCGUGCAGCAAAAGAGAGACCGGAAGAAUGAGCGGACGGCAAGGCUCACCUCACAUGCCAAUGCUACCAGUGGUCAGCCUCUUAUUCAGAGUAAUCUGGCUCAGCAAGAUAGCCUCCUGAGCCAGUAUCCUGUUCCACCUAGAAGGCAUGAUGUUGAACCCGAAAUCCGGUCUACAAUUCCCAGCUGGCGCCAACAGGAAGCUGAGAGAACACGCGCUCUCCGGCGCCAGGGCACGCCUGCUACCGGAAGCCAGACAAACGACUCGCCUCAGCAGACACAAGCCGAACUCGAGGCGCAACUCAGGGCCGAAGAAGAAGAAGACCAGCGUGAACUAGAGCGAGCAAUCGCAGCCUCGGUCGCCGAAGCAUCUCGCGGCAACCCCGAAGAAGACCAGUUGGUCGCAUCAGCCAUCCGUGCCUCAAUCGCCGAACUUGAGCGAACUAAUGCAUGCACUAAUCCCACCCAACAAGAAGAAGAGGAAGCGAUCCGCCGCGCCAUGGCCGCCAGCAUGUCGGAAGCCGGCAAAAAGGACGUGACGGAAGAAGAGCAAAAGAUGCUCGAAGAGACAUUACGCCGCAGUCUCCUCGACACAAGACCAUCCCGCAAACACGGCAGCGACUCAGAAUGGGAUUCAAACUCUGAUGAUACGGACCAAGACGAGGACUACCAACGCAUCAUCGCAGAGUCAAAAGAGCUCGCUCAUCUCCAUGCUAACUACCCAGAAGACUACGCUCAUACCGCACACCUCGCACAACUAGCAAAGCAGAAAACGAGUGUCGUGAGUGGAGUUGAUACCCCUGUCGACGGCCAAAGUACCCGCUUGGGCAGUAUAAGGACAGGUAAAACGGAUCGCACAUCUCACAUUCCUGAUGAAGACGAAGACGAAGAACUGAAGCGUAUACUGCGCGAAAGCGAGCAGGCUGAACAAGAACGCGUGGAGAACGCAGCGAAGCAAAAGACAGAGGAAGAAGUCGUGCUCGAGUACGUGCGCAAGCAGAGUUUACUCGAGGAGGAGCAUCGACGACGGAUGCUGGAAGGACGAGCAAAUCCCGGGUCGCAAGCGUAG